UAGUCGAGAGCGAGCGAGGCGAACGCUUUCGGUUUCUCCUCCGCUCCGGUAGCCGCGGCCGCCGCCCGAGGCUGGCGGUCCUGUCGCCAUGAAGCUGCGCGUGCGGCUUCAGAAGCGGACCCAGCCGCUGGAGGUGCCGGAGCCGGAGCCGACGCUCGGCCAUCUGCGCGCGCACCUCCGCCAGAGUCUGCUGCCCACGUGGGGGUUCAGUUCUGAUACCCGAUUUGCAAUUACAUUGAACAACAAGGAUGCCCUCACUGGAGAUGAAGAAACCUUGGCUUCAUAUGGGAUUGUUUCUGGGGACUUGAUAUGUUUGGUUCUUGAAGAUGACUUGCCGGCACCUAACUUACCUUCAUCUACAGAUUCAGAACCUUCCUCACUCCAGGAUACUGACCAACCUUCUCAGGCUGCCAGCUCAUGUCAGGCUAGCAUCCCCGAUGAACGGCGGAGCGACUCUUCCCAUGCACAGGCCACCCAGUUUGAUGCCUGGAGUGAUGACAGUGUGGAAGGGCCUAGUCAAAAUGUUGAGGCUGUGUCAAUUGAGGAUGCCAUGGCUAUUGAAGAGGAUUCUGGUUUCCAUCCAUUGGAACCAAUGCUGUGCAGUGAAGUGGAGGAUGGCCAGGUGCCACAUUCACUGGAGACUCUGUACCAGUCAGCUGCCUGCUCCAGCAUCAGUGAUGCCUUGGUAGUGCUGGUGCAUCUCCUCAUGCUCGAGUCGGGCUACAUACCCCAGGGCACUGAAGCCAAAGCAGCAUCAAUGCCUGAGAAGUGGAAGUCAAGUGGCGUGUACAAGCUGCAGUACACACACCCUCUCUGUGAGGAGGGAGCUGCUGUGCUCACCUGUGUGCCUUUGGAAAGCCUCAUCAUUAUAAAUGCUACAGUAAAAAUCAGUGGUGGGAUUAAAAACGCGAAGUCAGUGCAGCUGCAGCCAAGAUCGUACGUGUGUGGAGUGGAACCAGGGGAAAGUGCAGCCAAAGUGUACAAAGAUCUUAAGAAGCUCUCUCGACUCUUCAAAGACCAGCUGGUGUACCCUCUUCUGGCCUUCACACGACAAGUACUGAACCUUCCAGAUGUAUUUGGACUGGUCGUCCUUCCGCUGGAGCUGAAACUACGCAUCUUCCGACUCUUGGAUGUUCAGUCUGUCCUGGCUUUGUCUGCCGUCUGUCAUGACCUCCAGAUUGCAUCAAACGACCCUCUGCUGUGGCGGUGUUUGUAUCUGCGGGAUUUUCGAGAUGGUACUGUCAGAGGUCCAGACACAGAUUGGAAAGAACUGUACAGAAAGAGGCACAUACAAAGAAAAGAGGCUCAGAGAAUGCGGCACGCAAUGUUCCUGCCAUCGUCCUCCCAUUCUGUCCCAUUCUGUCCCAUUCCUGUCUACCCCAGGGUCACUUUUCCCCCUUCACUGCUUCCUCCCGGAAUCAUUGGUGGUGAAUACGACACAAGACCGAUCCUGCCCAGUGUUGGGGACCCUGCCGGCUCACUCAUCCCAAGGCCAGGGGAGAUACCUAACCCAUUUCAGCCACUCAGACCACGAUUUGAUCCUGUUGGCCCACUUCCAGGACCUGACCCCCUCUUCCCAGGAAGAGGUGGCCCCAACAACAGAUUUCCCUUCAGACCCAGCAGGGGUCGACCGGCUGACAGCCGGCUACCAUUCAUGUGACCAAUUUGGAGGCUUUGUUGAAACCACAUGUGCUGUUUCCUUGGCCAGUGACCUUGGCUGUCAGUUUCUGGUGGCACCAAGGACAAGGUUACUCAGAGCCGGGGUGACUUUGGGAAGAUUGACUGCUGGUCCCUGCUCUGGAAUCACCUCUGGGAUGGAGCUUGUGGUACUGAUUAUAUUCUGUGUUAGAUUAAUAAAAGUAAAAA